AUGGAGGUGAAUUGCCUAACACUAAAAGACCUGAUGAGCCCGAGACAUACAAGGAGAGAUUUUAUAAAUGAAAAUGGGGAAAGUGCACAAAAGGAAAACAUAUUUGAUCGACCUAGAAUGACCCCAAAGACUCCAAUGAAAAAUGAACCCAUUGAUUUGUCAAAGCAAAAAAGCUGUACCCCCGAGAGGAGUCCAAUUACGCCUGUUAAGCUGACUGAUAGGCCCCUGACAGAUCCAUGGACCCCCACAGCUAACCUCAAGAUGCUUAUUAGUGCUGCUAGCCCUGACAUGCGGGAUCGGGAAAAGAAAAAAGAGCUCUUCAGACCAAUUGAGAACAAUGUAUUUAGUGACGGUUUCCCUGAUUCUCUACAGUGUGAUACUGUAGAUGAUGGAACAGCGGAUGAAUAUGAAAAGCAGAGACCCAGCAGGAAGCAGAAAAGCUUAGGACUGUUGUGCCAGAAAUUCUUAGCUCGCUAUCCCAGUUACCCUUUAUCAGCAGAAAAGACAACCAUUUCUUUGGAUGAAGUGGCUUCUAGUCUUGGAGUUGAACGUAGGCGAAUUUAUGACAUCGUGAACGUCCUGGAGUCACUGGAUCUUGUUAGCCGAGUGGCUAAAAAUCAGUACUGUUGGCACGGUCGACGCAGCUUGAGUCAAACUCUGAAAAACCUCCAGGAAAUAGGAGAGUUGCAGAAAUAUGAAGAACUCAUGGCUUAUUUCCAGCAGAAGGAGCUAGACCUUGAGUGUAGAUUUGGAGAGCACAAAAAGGAGACCUUUAUAGAUUUCCAAGACCGACAGUUGCUUGACUUCUCAGAGACAGAUUGUCCAUCUGCGUCUGCAAACAGCAGAAAGGACAAGUCGUUGAGGAUUAUGAGCCAAAAAUUUGUCAUGCUGUUCCUCGUCUCCAAGACCAAGAUAGUCACUCUCGACAUAGCAGCAAAAAUAUUAAUAGAAGAAAGCCAGGAUACAGCAGAUCACAGCAAAUUUAAAACAAAGGUACGAAGACUGUAUGAUAUUGCCAAUGUCCUGACAAGUCUUGGUCUCAUAAAGAAAGUGCAUGUAACAGAAGAAAGAGGUCGUAAGCCAGCCUUCAAAUGGAUUGGGCCUGUGGAAUUCACUAGAGAGAGUGGUGACAUAAAGAUGGACAUUUCAACCCGUGCUGCUUUAUCAGAAGAGAAAGGGGCAGCACGUGUUCCGCAUCAAGCUUGCACUAAUAGAAAAGAGCGCCUGUCACGACAUGCUUCUUUUAAUGCUGCUCAGCCUUCCGAAGUGGUCAAGAGGAAGGUCAGCUCUGAACCCAGCAGCCCACGCAGAGGGAGGCAAGAUGAUUAUUGCUCCAAAAUGGUAAAUCUAGCAUCUGUUUGCUGCCAGAAGAUGGAAGAUGACGCAAGUAAAGGUUUUGUCACUGAAUCAGCAGGAAACCUGGGCAUCGUUUCUCCCUUCUCUGUGCUUCCUGUUCCUGGAGACUCAGACUAUUGUCUUAACACCUGCCCUUAUCUUCCUCCAAAUGCAAACUCAGACACGUCACUUCUGUCUCUGUCAAAUGGAAUAAAUGAUCAGGAUCUGUCCUCAUCUCUUCUAUCGGCGUCCAAAACCGAGACUGGGAAAACCACUGUGCUCCCCAAUCAACCUUUUGUUUACUUGCCGUCUCCGUCUCUGUAUAUGCUUUGUGGCAAGCUACAUGGAAGUCUCCCAAGGGAAAGCCUUCUGGAAAAGGCCAGUGGAGAGUUCAAGGGCCGUGCGUCUCCCUGCCUACCAGAAGCUGUUGAAUCUCCAGGUAAUUGCCGAAAACGGAGUUCUCAGACGUGUGCACCUCCCACCACAGUUCCAGCUGAAGAGGAACCUGCAGCAAAGCGACAAAGCCUGGAGCAGAGUGAUGGGCCCAUUUCACUGGUGCUGUCUAAGACUAAUAAGCCGACAGAUGCAGACUCUUCCCCGGAGUGUAACUGCAGUUCUCUUGACCAACUAAGGGGUAUUAAGCUUGAAUCGGGGACUCCUGCUGUUGUGGAAGCUGCCACAGCGAAAUCCUUAGAAACUCGGGAGCAAGAAAAGUCCUAUAGGAGUAAAGAGCUGAAAGAAAACUCAACGGAAAAUGAACAGGCCUCUCAAGAAAAUGGCAAGCAGUCUUUCCUACCACAGUACCUCUAUGUACAUCCUGCAGCUGGAUUAAAUGGUUUUAAUUUCCUGUUUCCUGCCAACCAAACGCCUGGUCCUGUCGGCCUCCCUUCAAGCCAUUUGCCUUCGCUUAAUGUUCCCUGUAUGAUGGUUCCAUCGACAGCUUUGGCGUCGUUUCCUCUUAUCUAUUCUCCAGCAGUAACAAGCCAACUUUCUAAUGCUCCUGCUGGCUCCUUCCCAAAUGUCACAUGUAUGAAUUUUAGCAUGCCUGGCCUGACGUCUACAACACCUGUUUUCAUUGGGACCCCAUCAGUAGUGACUCCGAAUUCAUCCCAGCUACCAACCCUGGAGCCUCACCAGCAGAUCCAUUCAGCUGUACACCUGAGCCCUGUGCUAGGAUCUGCUUGCAGCUCUGUUAAAGCAGACUCACCUGUUUGCAUGGGGCACCCAGUCACUCUUCUGAAGUUACAGCAGCCUUCUUCAGCCCCUCUUACUCCUAAGAACAUGCGUCCUGCACCCCAAGAAGCAUUUUUCAAAACACCUGGCAGCCUUGAGGAUCCUGUUGUAUGGCGAAAGAACGAAGGCAACCAGAGCAGAACAACAAGUUCUGUUCAAAGAAGAUUAGAAAUCUCCAGCAAUAGCUCUGACUAAUCCAGCUCACUGCUGAGGUGUGGGCAGCUUAGAAUAGAGCCUUAUCGUCGUUACAGAAACAACCAGUUAUUACAAUAAAAAAGAGAGAGCGAGGAAACGGGUUAAGACAGGUACACUUGGCCACUGUGCAUUUACCCUACUAUUCUGUUAACUUUCUCCCUGGUGAAUCACCCUAGUUGUGUAAAUAGUGAUUCUGAUU